AUGAAUACUCGUGAUCGGUGUGUUGAAGGCGAGGACGUUAAGGAAGAGGAUUUGCGCCUGCUUGAGGUCAUGACCCAUGUUUCCACUGCCAUACAGCAGUUCAAUGACGCGCUGGCCAAAUUAAAUCGACAGAGCGUGGAUCUAUCUAAGGAGCUGGGUACAGCAGAGCGGCAAUUGAAUGCGCUGUACCUGCCAUUCCAAGCCGCAAUCUACGAGAUUCAAACCGCCAACGAUCAGAGACAAACUACGAUCUCCGUGCCAACAGUGCACUCUGUGGCCACUCCUGAGGCUCAGCGUACUGAACUAUAA